AUGCGACGGGCGAACGAGCGGGCGCUGGAGGCGGACAUGCGAGAGGCGUUCGCUUCGAUGAAGACUGAGUUGGAGAGCGCGAGUCUGAUUUUUGUGAGCGUCAGUAAAGUAGACGCGAGGACGAUUUUCAACGAUAAGAACCCGAUGCUCGAUAGGAAGGAUCCGCGCGUGCGGCGCGUGCCGUUUAUGACUGGCCGGCCGACGUUCAACGAGACGAGACGCGUCAUCGGUCGCCUCGCCACCGUAAACUUAAACGUCGUUGAAGAAGAAGAACGAUUGGACGAAGACGCCGACGCGCUCGCGGGAUUGGCGGAUACAAAGUUUGUCAUCGCGGCGAAACCGAAGCCGCCGCCAAUCGAGGCACCGCCAGAGGCAGAAGUCGAAAUCAUCCCUGAGCCGGAAUUGCACGCGGCGGCGAGAGCGGGAGAUUCCGAGCGAGUGCUUCAUCUCCUCAUCGAAGAGAACGCCGAUCCGACGGAGUCGUAUAAAGGAAAGUUGCCGUACGUAGUGAGUAAGGACAGAGAGACGCGCGACGCGUUCCGCCGCGCGAUGGCGCAAAAGCCAGACGCGUGGGACUGGAUCGGUCGCGCCGCGGUGCCGAGUGCGUUGACCGAAGAACUCGAAGCGAAGAAGGCCGCUAAAGAAGCGGAAUACGAAGCGGCGCGGAAGGAAAAAGAGAAAGAGCGCAAGAAGGCGCAGAAGGAACGCAAGAAGAAACAAUCAGCGGCGGCGGCACUCUUGGAGAAAACGGCGGCGCCCGCCUCGAGCGGUGUCGCGGAGAAGAAAUCCGCGGCGUUGGUGGAGCAGGUGGACAAAGUUUCGAACGAUCGCCGCGAACAAAUGGUGAGUGUUUACGUCGUCAUCGCUCGUUUUUCUUGA